AAGCAAGCAAUCUACAGCCCCGCAUGUCAACGUGAGCCCCCCCAGUGCGAACGAAAGUGCUAGAAACCGGGGUUUGUCCGGGAGGGAAAGCCCAGACUGUGUAGUACGGGGAAGGGGGUGUGCGUGUUCUGUCGCGCUUUGCAUACUGUACUGCAUCUUGCGUACACCUGCGCACACGUGCUCCGUCUGUCACGCUGCUCGAAGUUUGCCUUUGCGUGCCUUCAGAUAACAUUUGAUCGUCUCUUGACGCGGGGGGCCUCCAAAUUGCCUGAAUGCCCCUUUCUCUUCAGUAUCUGAGCGAAGGCGUCGGCCAGAUCUUGGGUGUUUUCUUGAAAAAAGUCAAGGAAGAGUAGAACGCCAUUCUCCACGGAGACGGCGAGUCGUCGACGCGAAGCGAGGGGGAAUUGCACCAGGAAAACAGCCUCAGUGACGUGUUCUCCCUGCCAGGUCUCCGAGGGAUCUGUUUGUGCCUCGCUCUUCGAUUUGCAUUUUUUUCCCCCCUCUCUCCACGGCAGCCUUUCCUGGCUACUUUUCCGACCGUCCAAAGCAGCACGAUUGUUUUCCACGCAGAAACAUUAGAGCGGCAACGUGAAACUUUGAAUAAUGUGACUGUUGCAAAGAGAAACAACGUUUCUGAUUGUGUCCACGGUGAUACAUUGUUUUGGCAAAAGAGACACCACGGUCGAGUUUCCCAUUUAUUUGUGUGUGCGUUGCUUUUGAUUACGGUCUUUUUCCCCCCUCCCUGCGGCUUUUUACAAUUCAUAUCGAUUACUGCCGAGUCGUUUUUGGAGAGAGUCAAGACAUCAUGUCGGAAGUCUUGCCUUUCAACGAGGAGAAAAUUACUCACUAUGGCGAUGACGGAGAUGUGGGACAGCUCUCCUUCACCUGUCGUCUCCAGGAUACCAAUAACUUCUUCGGCGCAGGGCAAAAUAAAAGACCCCCCAAACUUGGGCAGAUCGGGAGAAGCAAACGAGUUGUCAUUGAAGAUGACAGAAUCGAUGAUGUGCUGAAAAAUAUGUCAGACAAGCCACCCCCGGGUGUCUAAAACACUUCCAAAGACAUUGUUUAACGGAGAAUUCUAAUAUAUCGCCCUUCCCUUUUGACAAAAGCACUUUGAAGUCCUUCACGACUGGGCCGUGAUCCUCUUUGCUUUCGGUAACCCCGUGCCCAGUUUCUGGGCGAGAAAAACCAAGUGAAUGAUACCACGCAAUUAUAUAUACAUACAUUUCUUUUUAAAAUGGCGUUUAACGAAAAGCCUAUUAAUUAUCUUACCCUGCCUAAAAUAUUUAAAAAGUGAGAAAGAGUUGUUUCCCUAACACGGAGCCAGUAUUGUACAACCCCGAAAUGUGGGCUGAAGGAGAAAGAAAAUAACAGCUAAGCACACUAUGUAUCUUAAACCUUUGUAUUAUUUUGCUGUACUCUGGCAGACGCUGAAUGAGCACUUUGUUUACAACCUAUCUUGCAAAAUUAUAUUAUGUGCACAAUGGGUGUAAGUCGCCGUUAACUUUCACGUUGAAGUUCUUUCUGUAUAAACGCAUUUCUGACCUUUUUGAAUACAUUUUUUUGCAGUGUUGAUAGAAUGAACAAUGUUUUAUAUGGAAUGAAAAACGAAGGUGUUACAUUUUUUAAUUAACUAUUUUCAUGUAGCUCGGUUUCUUUAUUGCGUCGUGCAGCCUGCUCAAUUUCCAGUGAGAAGCUUAUUUUAUAUAGUCGAAAGCUAUUUCUAAAAUACCCGUAUUUAACGAGAUUCAUUCCUGUUUUUUCGUUAUCAGUGGUGGUCGUUACACUUUAUAAAUGAAUAUAUUCUAUGGAACAUAAUCACACCUGUGCCAAAUAUCUUGAAAAGAUGCCAGCCAAUUUGGUUCUCUGUGCUCUCGGUAAUAGUAAUUUGUUUCUGCUAUUUUGGCUGCCACUUUUAUGUUAUAGGGCUCUUUCUUAAUGGUAAAUACUUGCUCUUGCAUGAAACGUGCAAAACUGACUUUCUGGCAAAGAAACCUGUAUAUUAUUACUAUACAUUUGUUUGCAACUUUGAAUGACAGACCUCAAGAACCUUCUUAAUUGAAUAUUGUAUAUGUUGCACCUCUAUAUUCACUUAACAGGGCUAUUUCUGCAAUGUAUAAUAAAAAUAUUAAAACAGA